AUAACCCAGGCCACAGCGGGGAUGAUCAAUCCUCUUCUUGCUAGGGACGGCGUCAAAUCUGCUUCUGGCUCUGCCGUCAAGUCCAUAAGCAUCUCCCGGGCUCUGCUGUGGACCUUCUCCUGCUCCACCGAGAGCAAUCAUGGGCGAUGGGGUGGUGUAUCCUUCUGUCUUCGUGGUGGACGGCCAGCAGCACGGGGUCCCCUUUGUCCCGCCCAUGAGGAGGAAGCGACGGGUGUGCUUGCACAGCCAGUUCUUCCUGGCCUCUCUGGUCAUCUUAGCCCUGGCUGGUGUGGCCACCGAAGGCUAUUUCCUGAUCCGCUUCCAGAAAGAGCUGGAGAAGGCGACGUCCCAGGUUGGGGAGGAAGCAGGGGCCAUCUCCGAGAAGUCCAUUCAAGACCGGAAACUUCACGCUGAGAAGCCAGCAGCUCACGUCUUGGGUGCAGCCUUCACCACCUCUGGGAACGGUUCUCUGCAGUGGGAACACAGUAAGGACUGGGCUUUCCUGCAUGACAUGCGUUACCAGGGCGGCUCCCUGGUCUGCAUCAAGCCCGGCUACUAUUACAUCUACUCCAAGAUCCAUCUCAUGGCGCAGAGUUGCUCUCAGCAGGACCAGAAUUCCGUUAUCUAUCAUAGCAUCUAUAAGAAGACCCCCAGGUAUGUCGAGGAGAUGAAACUGGUGGAGAACCUGAUCCUUUUCUGCGAUGGGAAGGACAGCAGGUUCUGGAGGCAAAACAGCUUCCUCGGAGGAAUCUUCCACCUGGAGGAGGAGGAACAGAUUUACGUCAAGGUGUCACAGAGACAGAUGCUACAGGUCAGAGACGGCACCAGGUCUUAUUUUGGCACCUUCAUGAUCUGAGCAGGCCCUUCCCACAGCUGCAAGUGCUGGGUUUUGGGUUGAGGCCUUGUGCUUUUUAAUCUGCCACUGAUAUGGUUUUCCUACAUGGACCAUCCCUCUGACCCAGCACCCCCCAAAAUACUGUUGCACCUUCCCGGUCUAAUAUGCUCCCCAGACUGGAUCCGGCUCGUGAGGUUAACUUCAGAGGCUGGUCAUAGAGCUCAGAAGAAGGAAGGGUGGGCUUCCAGCUGAGGCGUUGUACAAGGAAUCAGGACUCCGGGGGCCUCAUCCUAGCUCUGCUACUGACUUGCUGUGUGACCUCAGUCCAGACACUUUCUCUCUGUAUGGCUUGCUGCACAAAAAUGCCACCUCACGAGGGUAUCCCGAAGCUUAAGCUGCAUGGAGUGCUUUGGACGGAAGAGACUCUAGUAAGCAGUAGGUCGGUCCAAGGGGAGGUCACUGAACUGGGAGUCAGGACUCCUGGGUUCUAGUCUCGCUCUGGGAGAGGCAGCUGGAUCUAGCAGUUUGCUCAGGGGAGACUGGGAGUCAGGACUCCUGGGUUCUAUCCCCAGCUGUGCCACCCACCUGCCUUUCUGUACCUCCAUUUCCCUAGCUGCAAAAAAGGGAUGCUGGUUCUCCCUUACCCUUGUGUUAUAGGUCAUAAUGCUCUCCCCUGCGUAGCUGGCCACUGUCCCUCCAUCAGGUCCAGCGGUUUUCAAAUAGCUUUGAAAGCCAAGAUGAGCUUUGAAAGUGGAGAGACAAAGAAACUGGCUACCCCAAGGGACUAUGGGACAUUUUGCCUCCAGGUCGCCAAGGCCGGCCGACCCUCAGCCACUGUAUAUCACUGUAACUUCAAUCAUUCCAUGCUUGUUUGUGCUAGCUGACCGGGUAUUGGAGGGAGGGAAGUGUAUUUAAUUGGCUUGCCGUUCUGCUUAGCAACUGAUGGUGCUUGACGGGAUCAAAUCCUGCCGUUCCCUUUGCUCACGGGGAAGAUCCUGAUUCGGGCACCUCCCUUUGAGGGUCUGGCCUGAGGAGUCUGCCCGAGGAAGAGCGUCAGAGAGCCGUCUCGUCAGCUGGUGCAAAUCAGCAUGGCUGCGAUGGGGCAAUAUCCCUGCCGAGGCUCGGGCCCUCGCUAUUUAGCCCCGCGUCUCCGCCCUGGGCGAGAACGGGCCAAGUUCUCCUCUCACUCACUGCGGUGUGAAUCCAGAGGAAGUUCGUGGAAGCGGCACUGAUGUAAGACUUAGCCGAGGGGAGGAUCCUGUGUGACGGGCCCAGAUCUCCGGCGGGGAGACGUUAGUGUUGAUUCAUCGGAGUCCUUGAGGCAAAGCGGAUUUCCAGUCGCUGGGGAUGUGGCCCGGCUCCCGCCAUUCCCUGUGCUGCUUUAUGUGCCGUGAAUGUAUGUAAGUGUGUGCACCUAUUUAUUUUCCAAUGAGUAUUCCCUGAUAUUCAGGGAGCAGCUGUAUCUAAGGGUUAUUUAUCCAUUACCCCAGGGCCACUGGGCAUGUUUGGGACGGGGGGAAGGGGGCAGAAUUGUUGAUAAUUUGAUGGAUGAUAUUGAUGUUUAUUUUAGACAUUUAAAUUUUUUUUUUUUUAUGAAUGUAAAUGUUCACAAUGGUGCAAAAUUACGGGUCGCUUUUCCCCUCCUGUUCUUAUUGGUUUCAGUGUUCAUAGUUGGGAGACACGGGGAGGCGGGGGGAGGCAGUUAUUUAACUAAGUAGGGGUUGAGAUUUCAACUGUUAAAGCUUUAUAACGGGUCAAACACAAAUGGUCAAACAUCGCAUGUCAAAAUAUACAAAGUA